UCACAUUCUUUGAUUUCAGGACAUCCUGAUUAACUGUCGGAGGGCAGCGACCUCUAUAUCCAUCUCUCCACUGGUGCCAUAUUAUCUGGCUGUGGGCUGCUCCGACAGCUCAGUGCGAAUCUACGACAGACGUAUGCUGGGAACCAGAGCGACAGGUAACUACAUGGGCCGGGGGACGACGGGCAUGUGCGUUCGUUUUGUUCCCGCUCACCUGUCCAACAAGUCGUGCCGGGUGACGUCUCUCUGCUACAGCGAGGACGGACAGGAGGUGCUGGUCAGCUACUCCUCCGAUUACAUCUACCUGUUCAAUCCCAAAGAUGACCAGGCCCGGGAGCUGAAGGGCCCCUCUGAGGAGAGGAGGGAGGAGCUGAGGCAGCCUCCAGUGAAACGCCUCCGACUACGAGGUGACUGGUCUGACACUGGACCCCGAGCUCGUCCUGAGAGCGAGAGGGAGAGAGACGGGGAGCAGAGCCCAAACGUAUCUCUGAUGCAGAGGAUGUCGGACAUGUUGUCUCGUUGGUUUGAGGAGGCCAGCGAGGCUCAGAGCAGCAGAGGAACGCGACCACAGACACGACCCAGAGGAACAGCCGUCCGUCCCGAGCCCUCGUCAAAUCCUCCAGCUGCCCCUGCAGCAGACUCCAGUCAGAACUCCAGUGCCCCCGAGAGGCCAGUGACGACAGACACUUCAGAGGAACCUGCUGUUCCUGCCGCUGCCACCACAGCUGCCACCACAGCUGCCACCACAGCUGCCACGACCUCUCCAUCCGACGCUGCUGCCCCCAUGCCUAAGUCCACCUCCUCUUCCUCCUCAGGGUCUUCAUCAACAGUCACAGCACCUCCACCUUCCAGCUCCACAUCAGUGGGGAGUUCAGCCCCUUCCACCUCCCCCCUCACAUCCUCCGCU